CGCCCCCGCCUCACGCUGGCUCCUGAUAGGCAGCUAGAGCUGUCCGUUUUGACAGAAACCUUUGCGCAGGCGCAGAAAGGCACAGGACUGGGCUAAGUGUUCGCUACGCGGGGCUACCGGAUCGGUCGGAAAUGGCAGAGGUGGAGGAGACACUGAAGCGACUGCAGAGCCAGAAGGGAGUGCAGGGAAUCAUCGUCGUGAACACAGAAGGCAUUCCCAUCAAGAGCACCAUGGACAACCCCACCACCACCCAGUAUGCCAGCCUCAUGCACAGCUUCAUCCUGAAGGCACGGAGCACCGUGCGUGACAUCGACCCCCAGAACGAUCUCACCUUCCUUCGAAUUCGCUCCAAGAAAAAUGAAAUUAUGGUUGCACCAGGUAAGGGGUCUUCUACCUCCCCAUGUAGGAACAGACCUCAUGGCACAUUCUCUGUGGCUCAUCAGGAGUCCUGGCACAGUGGUGUCUCCAGAGGAUCCAAGCAGGGCCCGAGGAGUUGAAGGAAUUGGGUUGUUGCCUCACUGCCUAGCCAGCCUCCAGCUGGUGUCCCAUAGCAGAUCCUCCCAGGGACCGGCCCCAGAGGGUAACCCCAGUCUCCUGAGAUAGACAGACACGUGAGCAUCAUGUGUGUCUCCCCUUCCUUGAUAGGAGAAAACUCAAAGGCAUUUGGGACAUAGAGGAGGGUGUGGCCAGGCCUGUCUGGGGCUGUCUGCAAAAGCUUCCCAGAAGAGGGGACACUGGAGCUGAAUCUUAAGGGCACCAGGAAGCAGUGUGAGCAAGGCGGAGGGGCGGAAAGCCACGUUUGGAAGAAUAUUCAGUGAUUCUUCUCCAAAAUGUAAAGCAAAAGUACUGUAUCAUUUUAUCCUUGAAAACAUGUUCUCUGCCCACUUGUAAAGGCCAGGCCUGUCUUUAGGCCCCUUGCAGCCAGCUUUUCCUGCCGCACGGGAGCAGAUUGCUGUGUUUCCUUUAUGCGAGGUGCUUGCCUUGCAUUUGGGGGCUGUGUGGUGCAACCAAGGCCUGUGUUUAGUCCUUAGGAUCAUUCUCAGGGUGAGGAGAUGCUCAUUCUGGGAGGAGCCCACAAGGAUGGGAGCACAGGAGCGAGCAACAGAGCCACAUCUCCUGCCCGGCCCCCUCGCUCUCACUCAUGGACUGGGGUGGCAGGCAGAGCCUCCAGGGCCGUCUUUGCAUUAUUACUUUUUUCUCACUCUGCUUUUUCUUGGCUGAGCCACAUAGUUGAGUGUGCGUGCGUCACGUGUGUGCGUGAUGGUGCACUCCCGCUGCAGUGCCGCUUAUCUAGGGCAUCAGGAUGUGAGUGGGGAGGAGUGGGAGGUGAGGCUUUGGUCCAGUUUAGAAGGGGCCACAAACACCUAACUCAGUUGCAUGGACUUGAUCUUGCAAGCAGAGGUUUUUAGGGCAGGAGGUGAUAGGAUUAUGAUUAGGACCUGGAUAAAGGAAGGCAGUGGGGGGUCUGGGGACACUGAAUGCUCUGGACUGGCAACACAGAGGGCAAGGAGGCUGGCCACAGAGUUCUGAGGUAAUUUGAUGGGAGGUCAGCCACUCCCUGCAGCAGACCAGCAUAGGUUCUGUCACCAGGCCUGGAAGGAUGGGCAGGAAAGAACUAUAGAGCCAGUCACAGCAGCCCACAGGCUCCCUGGGACACUCCCUAGAGGGGUGGGGACAGAGCAGUUCAGUCACAGAGAAGAACAUAAGAAUAACUCCAGAGUCUUUUAUUCCAAAAUCACGCUUCUGUGUGUAAUGCCUGAUCCAUCGGGGAGAAAAGACUGCAGGAGGCACAGAAUCUGUUUUCCCAGCUUUGCUUCCCACAAGCAUGACCCUGGGCAAGUUGCAGAACACCUGCAAAUCCACAUCUGUAAAGUGUCGAGUAGGGGACUGUGCUGUGCUGAUGUCCUGAGCCACCCUGCCUGGUUGAGUGUGUUGACCUGGGUUGGGGGAAAAAGCCUUGGAAUCAGAUUUAAACUGCAGUUCCUCCCAGGAUGUCAUGUUGUGUGGCUGCAGAGGACAAAGCUUCACUCCCCAAAAGUCGGGCCGGGAUGGGGCGCAGUGACUCACGCCUGUAAUCCCAGCACUUUGGGAGGCCAAGGCAGGCGGAUCACAAGGUCAGGAGUUCAAGACCAGCCUGACCAACAUGGUGAAACCCCGUCUCUACUAAAAAUAAAAAAAUUAGCUGGGCAUGGUGGCGCACACCUGUAAUCCCAGGUACUUGGGAUGCUGAGGCAGGAGAAUCACUUGAACCCAGGAGGCGGAGCUUGCAGUGAGCUGAGAUCGCGCCACUGCACUCCAGCCUGGGAAACAGAGCGAGACUC